AUGAAAGAACAUUAGGGGUUAAUGACAAAUGAAUUUCAACCAAUCAAAUAAAAGUACUUCUUACAUGAGAAAGUACAACUAAAAUAAGAUCCUUUUGUAGAGAGUUUGUAAGAGUAUUUUUAGAUAUUUCGAAGACGAAUAAUCUUGCAUAUAUUUUUGUGUAUAUUGAAAAUAAAAUAGCAUAUAGCAUUUUUCUUUUUAGCGUUAAUAAUUCCAUCCAUAAUACUAUAGGCAGAUUAUAUUGAAUUAGAUGUAUCUAAGAAUGGAACAAAAUUUAGAAUGGAAUAAACUUGGGAUCCACCAAUAAGUAUAUAUGUGUUUUCUAAAACUGAUAUUCUUUUGUUGGAUGUGUAAUUGUUUUUAGAUGAAAAAGAGAUUACAGAAUUCACAAUUUAUGAACGAUUGUAUAUCAAUACUCAAUACAACUUGACUAGUAAUACAACUUACAGUUUUAGUAAACUAAUAUUUUAAUGAGGCAGCAGUUAGAUUGAUGGCAUAGUUCAACUUUGUACCCACGUCUUAUUUGAUUAUCGUAGUUGUAAUGCUAGUCAUCUCCCUUUUGUACUCUAUCCUUACAUACAUUCGCUAUAAAAAACUUUGAUCUUUUAUUGUGUUUAGUUUCUUCUUUUGUUUCAAGUGAAUCAUACCUUAUUUUAUUCUAUUAAUUCAAUUUAUACAUAAUAAUAUUACUCAUUUGCACAAAUAUCUUUUAAUAGUUUUUUAAUAAUUUUUGUAUUCUUUUGUUAUUUCAUCUCAUUAUUGAUUUCUGAUUUAAAUUAGUUAUCUAAAUAUAUCUGUCAAAUAAUUAAAAAGCCAUUAAAUUCAUAGUUCAUAUUAUUUUGUUAUUAAAUGUAAUAAUAUUAUUAAUAAUGAUAGGUAAUCAAAGAAUAAAAUGAAGCUGUCUAAGAUAAAUAAUAAAUAUAUAUAUAUAUGUAAUAACAAGCAGAAGAAUUAGAUUAAUUUAUACAAACCUUAAAUAAUUAAUCAACUAUUCCUUUCCUUCAACAAGCAUUAACAUAGGAUUAAUUAUUAGCAUAAAAUGCUCGUCUUCUCUAACAAUUACAUGAAUAAUAGAGAAUGCUUAAUUUGCAAAGCUUUUUGACUUAAAGUGUUCUUCAGAAUCCGUUUAUAAAUCAAUAAAUCACUUAAGAAAGUAAAAAGAUUAAGAAAACAAAAUCAACGCUUUAGAGGAUUCAAUCAAAUGCUAGUAUAAAAGAAUAAGCCCCAUUAUUAUAGGAAAUAAAGGGUAACGUAAAGAAUGCAUACAUAAAAAAAAUUACAUCUUUACUAAGUGUUGAAGGUGAGAAAUUGUUGGAUGAAGAAUUAUAAGAAGAUUUAUAAGGAGACAGUUCAUCAGAAGAAGUAUCGAAGGAAUAAAAAUUUGGUUUAGCUGGAUUAUUGGGAUCUGGUAAUGAUCUAUUAAGUGCUGAGUCAAGGAAUAAGAGAUUAAGAAAGAGUGCUAAGAAUUCACGUUUAAGAAAGAAGGUUUACUUGAAGUUGUUAGAGAAAAAAGUAAUAUUACACUCAAAGUAAUUAGGUUUCUGAUUUGGAUUAAAAAAUUUAAGAAUAUAAAAAAACAACUAGAUAGUCAUUUGAGUAUUUGACAUAAAUAUUAUCAUCUCAUCCAAUACUAAAUAGUAUGAUUAUUGGUAAUUCAAAUGCAUUUGAUUAAAUUAAAUAAUGUAAUCAAUCAGAUCAAGCUUAACUUUUAUUAGAUUCAUAUUUGGUAUUAAUAAUAAUUAUUAUUUAUUAUAGAUGAGAUAUGGCACAUGUGGAAUUAAAAGAAGAGAUUAUCUUAAAUACGCAGUUAAAAAUAUUCAAAGAAAUUUCUUGAAAGGAAAUUAUGGAUUACAAUUAAUUAGUUUAAAUCAUGAAGUUAAAAAUUGUAUUUUUAUUAUUUAUUUUAGAUGAUGAAGAAUUUAAUAACUAUGUUGAAAUUGUUAAGAAAUUAACUAAAUUAGAAGAUGAAAAUUUAAUUUAUAAAGUACUUCCUAUCAUAGAUAAAUUAUUAAAUCAUAGAAAGAUAUCUUAAUAGUAAUUCAUUUUUUAUUAUUAUUCUUAGAUUAUUAUUGAAACUUAAUACAGAAAUGAAAAAAUUAAAACUUAUACAAUCUGAAGUUGAAGAGACUGUUAAUCAAUUUACUCAAUAAAUAUCACCCAUUUAAUAACUUGAACUGGUCAAAAAUGUUGAGAAACUAGCAACUUUUAAUAGAUCACUCAAAUGA